AUGUCCGCAGCACAGAUCCAGGAGCUGUUCAAAAGGUUCGACAAGGACGGUAAUGGAAGGAUAUCAGCGUCCGAGCUGCAGAACGUCCUCACAUGGAUCAACAAGGACAUAACGGUUGCGGAGAUUGGACAAAUUCUUCGCGAAGUUGACACCAACAAUGAUGGUGCCAUUGAUUACAACGAGUUCGUUGCCUGGACACAGGGCGGAAAGAAGACCCUCGCCAAGAAGAAGCAAACCUCGCUCGUGCCAGACCUGCAAGCCGCGCUGGAAAGAAGCCAGUCAGAGGCUGCAGCCGUGGCAUCAAUCCCUUUCGAUGCCGUCAUGGCAGUCACCUACACAGGUGAGAUCAAACAGUUCGAUAAGAGCGGCGGCAUUCUGGAGGCGAUGGGGGUGAGGACACCACACAACCAGAGAUAUACCAACGUUGAAGAUGAUAUUAAGCAUUUAGAGAAGGUGAAGGAUCCACACAAGCUGAAUCUAAACUGCUUUGCAGUGGACUGGGGCUCCAGGAAUGUGAUAACGGCAUCAGCUGACCACACGCUGAAGAUGUGGAAUUUUUACGGUAAUGUGCUUCGGACUUAUGCUGGACAUCCAUCAGAAGUGUUGUGCGUUGAUGUUGAUUGGAAAAACCAUCGCAUGAUCAGUGGAAGUUUGGCUUCUGAUCUGAAGAUGUGGAGAUUGGACAGCUCGACACCGUUGCGCUCAUUUAAUGGAUCAGGUGCAGGUGGAGUUGGAUGCCUUUGCGUCAACUGGAAGAUGCAUCGGGCGCUUUGUGGCUGUGGCAAGCUGAUCGAGCUGUGGGACAUAUCUGCCAAAGGCAACGAUGAGAAACCUUCACAGCGGCUGACUGCCUUUACCGGCCAUACUGCUCCGGUACUGUCACUUCUAGUGGAUUGGGCCGAGCAGAUCAUGAUCUCAGCUUCUUCAGACAAGACUUUGCGGAGAUGGGAUCUAAAAGAUUCGGUGCUUCUCGAGACCUUUCCCGUUGGAGACGCGCAGAUCAGGUGCCUCUCUAGCCCAUUCAGCCCAGCUACGUCAGUGGUGGCGGGUGAUGAGAAGGGUAACCUCCAGAUCUGGGACACCAAAACUGGAGCCGUCGAGAAGCGGAUGUCUGGGCACACUGAUGGUGUGCUGUGCGUAUCCCAGGUGCAUGCAGGUUUCGUCGUAAGUGGAGGGCGAGACGGCCGACUGUGCUAUUGGCGGCUGGAAGACGGUCUUUGCUUACGGUCUGUGGAGGUUUCGGAAGUCAGUGCAGGCCGAACGACUGCUAGCAGUAGUUUGACCGCGCCUUUCGGCCAUGGACAUGUCCGGCAGAUGCUAGGGUUCAGAUUUUGCUGGGCUUGGGUGGUGUAG